AUGGGUAGGUUCCGAACAAACAGAUUUAACCCAUGGACCAAUUUGCAAAAAACCAUUGGCCAAAAAAAAACGGAAGCAAUAGACGGAGACGUGCAGGUGUUUAAAAGUGAGCAUUUGGUUAACAUACCUAACCCGUACGAAAAGGAAAAACGUUUGUGCAUUCUCUGCAAAAUGAAUAUUGUUCCGGACUACAAGAACACCAGGAUGUUAUCGCAGUUUAUAUCCCGUUUUACUGGUCGUAUUUACGGCAGACACAUUACAGGUCUUUGCCGACACAAACAAGACCACGUUGAAAAAGAAAUCAAAAAAUCCAGGGAAGCAGGUUUGAUGCCGUUUUAUUUCAGAAAUCCAGAAUUUAGCCAUGACCCUAAACUGUUUGACCCUGACAAUCCUUUUAGACCUCAUCAUUAUUAA